AUGGACGUUGCGCGUCUUCUUUCCGAGAGGGACGACGACGACGAAAUGCUCUUGUCCAUCGAUCCAUCAGAGCGCGUCGAGCACCGCAGCACCAAGCUCGUGCGUCGCGAAAUUGUGAUUGCGUCGCCCGUGGCCAACGAUGACAUGGAAGACGUGCACGACGACAAGCUCGAAGCGACGGCCAGUGCGACCGAGACAGCGCGGCCCGACGGGCUCCGGCUCGGCUUUGACUUGCAGCCCGUCGACAUGAUUCUGCACGUCUUUUCCUUCUUGAUUGGCGCAGACGACCUCCACAACAUGCAGCUCGUGAGCAAGCGCUGGCAAGAGCUCACGUCGCACACGAGCUUGUACCGCCACGUGCCCAAUACGACGCCCGACGGCACGAUCAAUUGGCUCAACUUUCGCAAUCUCGGCAUCAAGAACAAGGGCACGGAGGGCACAUGCUAUCGGUGCUACCAGCGGUCGUCCGGGAAGGUGCUCGCGAUGAAGCGCGCCCGCGUGUUUCCCAAGGGCGAGGGCGUCCCGUAUUACAUGCUCCGGGAGCUGGCGGUGCUUCAAGGCAUUCACCACCCGCACAUUGCGUCGCUCGAGAUGAUCAGCCUUGCGAAAGACGAGCUCCACGUCUUCUUUCCGUACGUCGACAAGACGCUUCAUGAGAUCAUCAACCCCACGAGCGACCCGAAUGGCGGCCGCGUCUUGCCCGAGCACCAGAUUCGCCGCCUGCUGCACCAGCUGCUGGACGCGAUCGCGUACUGCCAUCGACGAGGCGUGCUCCACCGCAACCUCAAGCCCAAGCACUUGCUCAUCGACACGGAUGUGCCCGACAACUAUGACAAUGCGACGCUGCGCAUCUCGGACUUUGCGCUCGUGCGCGCGACCGGCAUUCCGCGACGGCAGUACACGAUGGAGGUCGUGACGCUCUGGUACCGCCCGCCCGAGAUUCUCAUGGGCGAGAAGCAGUACUCACCGGCCGUCGACGUGUGGAGCGUCGGGUGCAUCUUUGCGGAAAUGGCGCAGGGCAAGCCGCUCUUCACCGGUAUCUCGGAGAUUGACCAGCUCUUCCAAAUCUUCUCCAAGCUCUCGACGCCGACGUCCGCGACGUGGCCCGCGUUCACGUCGCUGCCCAACUACCGCUUCGAGUUUCCCAACUGGAAGCCGCGGCCGCUCGAUCGCCUCUUUCCCCACAUUUCGCCCUUGGGCCUCGAUCUGCUCGGGAAGCUCCUCACAUACAACCCGGACGCCCGCAUCUCGGCGGAGAAUGCGCUUCGCCACCCGUACUUUGACGCCGCGGCCGGCGGCGUCCCGCGCCUCCUCCCGUCGAUCCCGAUGGCCAACAUGGCGUUCACGCUGCAUCGGCAGUACGAAGGCAACCCCGAGUACAUGGACCUCUUCCACGCGCACUUGCGCGACGCCGAGCUCAAGCUGUGCAAAGAAGUCAAGUACCUCAGCCGACAAAAGACACUGCGCCCGCUGCACCGUUCGAUGCUCGUCGACUGGCUUAUCGAAGUCGUCGACGUGUUUGAGAUGUGUUUGCGCACCGCCUUCCUUGCCGUCAACUACACGGACCGGUUCCUUGACGUCGUCAUGGUCAAGAAGACCAAGUUCCAGCUCCUCGGCGCGACGUGUCUCCACGUGGCCUCCAAGUGCGAAGACGUGUCGUACAUUGGCGUCGAGGACCUAUCGAUGUGCGCCGACAAUGUGUACACGUCGAUGCAAGUGCUGCAGAUGGAAGAGCAGCUGCUCAACACGCUCAACUUUACACUGGCCGUACCGACGGCACUCGACUUUCUGAACAUUUACCAGCGCAGCAUGGUGACGCUCGAGAAGAAGACGUCGAUGCUGGCUCAGUACCUCUCGGAACUCGCGCUGCAAGAGUACAGCUUUCUCAAGUUUUUGCCGUCCGUCGUGGCGACGUGCUGCCUCUCGCUCGCGCUCUACGCUGUCCAUGGCUACUCGAUGACACCGGAGCUCCAAGCCGCGUGCCAGUACAACUGGGACGACCUCAAGGAAUGCAUGGGCACGCUCACCGAAGUGUACUCUGGCUCGCAGUUCAACGUGCUCACGGUCGUCAAGAAGCGCUACUCGGAAGACGACCGGUGCCAAGUCGCGUCGCUCCUACCGCCUCUCGAGUACAACCUCGCCUUUUGA